AUGGACGCGUUCAUUGAGAAGGACCAAGCCCCGGCCACGAACCAUAGCUGCUUCCAGGCGGAGGUACAAUGCCACCACCAGCAGACCAACCGACAGGCGUACCAUCCCCGCUGCCACCACCGUCCAAGUAACGACAACAACAUCAACAACCAUCACAAACCUGCUCGCUCAUGCCAUUGCUACCGGUGCCAGAAGAGCCGGGGGGAGCCCGCACUGCAUCCCGCAAUCAGCAUUCCCCUGGCCAUCGCGACUGGCGGGCUCUCCUGCGCCGCAAUGGGCAUUUAUCGAGGCUAUGCGGGCCACCGUACGCUCAAGAGGUCGAGAAAUGUGAGCCUGGAAGAGGCACCCCGACACAACAUCGACAUCACCCACGAGCAAGAGGUUGGAUUUCACUCGGUUUCUUCCAGGGCAGGAUCCUCUGAGAUGGAGAGUCCUUCCAGCACAGGCGGCAUGGGUGGUCACGACGCUGGCUUGGGCGCUGAUGUGCCUGAUGCGGCGCCGCCCAAAUACUCGGAAGUCGAGGAGGAUAACGUGGUCAGAGAUGUGGCGGAGAAAAUGUGA